CCCUCCCUCGCAAGUGAGAGGCGGGCUGCGAACGCCCACGCGGAAGCAGUGUCCCUGAGGGCAGAGGCGCCAGGUUGGACAUUGUUGGCAGGGCCUUAGCUCUUCUCUUCCUGAGGUUGGAGAGCAAGGGCUCUCACGGAACUUCUCGGAACCCAUUCCCUACCGUCUUCCGCCCCCUCCUCCAGGAAGUCUGUCCCGAUUUGGGUGCCCUUUCUCAGACGCUCUGGCCCUCCAGUGGUGAAGCCGGUGCUGGCCAGGGGAGACGCCCGAGCCGGUGGAACCGGAACUGCUCGGCUUCUAUUUAAUCUGAAUCCACUGCAACGUACAGAGCCGCUGUGGGGAACCGGGGAGAGCCAGCAGCAGGUCGCUGGGUUUUUCCUUUCGCCUCUGAGCAGGCCCGGGACCUGGUUAACCAUUACACGGGCCUCCCAGCUGACCUGUAACCGCCAGGCCUCCACGAAGCCCGCCCUGGCUGUGCCUGAUGUGAGUGACAGCCGUCGCGGGCGAAGCCGAGCCCUUUCUGCGUGCUGGCUCGGGAGCUGUCGCGCCCAUUCUACAGGAAGCUCUGCUGAGCUCGGAGAAGCUAAGUCGGCUGCCCAGGCGCACACAGCCAGCGUCUCGGCCUGGCUGCCCUGGGAAACAGGGCCUGGGGGAACUGCUAACCGCGGCGGUGAGAGCCCAGCCAGCGAGGGUGAAGGGCAAGGGGACAGCGAGGCAGGCCUGGGAGCGAAAGCAAAUGGAAGGCAUAGCUCCCCUGGACUCCCAUCAGGAAUCAGAGCGGGUGGGGGGCUGAUGGGCGGGGACUGCACCUGCAGGCCCCUCCCCUCUCCUGUCCCUCAUUAGUGACCACGGGGGCCCAACGCCACCAGGGAAGCUGGCUCCAUGCACAGAGCUUCGCCUGGAAGAAGAGGGGCCCCGCAGGUCGGCUUGGAUGGCCGCUGAGGGUGUUGGGAGCCUGGGCCGUGAUGCAGGCCAGGUCACCCCCGGCCUCGCCAGCCACGUGGCUGCGGCUGCCUUGCGUGGGGAGGCGAGUGGGGGCUGGAUGGCGCCAGCGCUGAAGCACCCAGGCAAGCACACCCGGGAAGACACCCCAGCCAAGCCUGACACGCAGCACCAGGCCUGGGACCCAGACCCCAAAGUCCUUCAGCCAGUCCUGACCGGAAGAAGCAAACAGAGAUCAGUGACCAGGUCACCGGCACCUCCUCAUGGUGGGCAGCGUGUGGGCAGCUCUGGGGCUUGCCCUUGCCUGCAUCUCGGCCCUCAGCCUCAUCUCCCCAGCUUGGCUCGAGACCCCCACCUUCUCCUUUGGCGUCCUCGCCUACUGCUCGUCGCCUCCGGGUGACAGCUGGAACCAGAGCUGCGAGACCUUCCAGUCCCUACAGGAGAUUCCCGACUUUGCCUGGAAGGUCUCAGCCGUGAUGCUCCUCGGAGGCUGGCUCCUGCUGGCCUUCAAUGCCAUUCUCCUCCUGUCCUGGGCCCUGGCUCCCAAAGGGCUGUGCCCCAGGAGGGGCAGUGGCCCAAUGCCUGGGGUGCAGGCAGCGGCAGCUGCCACCACCAUCGUGGGCCUGCUGAUUUUCCCAAUCAGCCUGGCCUCCCCUUUCGCCAAGGAAGCCUGUGAAACCUCCUCCCUCUACCACGGUGGGAAGUGCCAGCUGGGCUGGGGCUACGUGACGGCCAUCUUCAACGCCGUCCUGUCCAGCCUGCUGCCCGUCAUCUGGUGGCCCCGUGAGACCAAGGCCCGGGGAAGGGUCAUCAUGUUCUCCAGUGACUCCGAGACAGUCAUCCUCGUGCCAGAAGUGAGCAAAUGAGAAUCCCAGGGGAAGAGCCGAACGAGCCUACGACGUCGCCAUGUCCCCAGGUUCGCACCCCAUCACCACCGCUUCCUUGUUGUGCGGUCCCAGGCCAGUGGACUUGCUUCUUGGGACACAUUUUUUUUUUUCCUUCCAUAACCUGGAGGUUGAAAUGACGCCUACCUCAUAGGGUUGUCGUGAGAGUUCACCUGAGAUACUCCAUGUAAAUAAAGCACUUGGAAGCAUGUCUGACAUGUAACGCUCCGUAAGCACCAGCUGCUGCUCGCAGGACCGGGGUCUGAACGCGCUGCACUGA